CUUCAGUGGGGAAACGGAUCCGACUAGCUAGUUAACAGUGGGGGAACGGCCACAGUUUAGUUAUAUUAAAGACUGUCCGCUGUUUACUGCCGUGCAUAAUUGGAUUAGACGUGAAGUCUUUGCUUGCCUGUCUCCACUGAAAUAUUCUCGACAUGGUUCAGCCACUCUUCAAGCUGUGAAGAAGAGCCGUUUCGGACAAUCGCCGAGGCUGUACUCGGCUUGUCUUAAUGAGGACAUGUUAUCAAGCUGCAUCGUGUAGCAUUGCUGGUUAAACAGUCACCUGACUGUCCCUCAGAUGUCACCAGACAGCCUGAGGGGCCUUUCUGUUCUGUGUUCACUGUUUGCAGACUAUAGUUGACAAGAUGAGUCCAGAAAUAAAAAUGCUCCUGAACAUCUUCAUCUUGGGCAUUGGCUUCAUGUUAAUGUUCACCGCUUUUCAAACCUGCGGCAACAUAGAACAAACUGUGAUAAAGAGUUUCAAUAGCACAGAGUUCCAUGGCAGCGGCUAUACAAGCAUGGCUAUUAUCUAUGGAGUCUUUUCAGCGUCAAACUUAAUAGCUCCCUCAGUGGUGGCUGUCAUUGGACCUCAGCUGUCGCUGUUUUUCAGCGGACUAGUUUACAGUGGAUACAUUGCCAUGUUCAUCCACCCUUUUACCUGGAGUUUCUACACCUUCUCUGUUUUGGUUGGGAUUGCAGCUGCAGUGUUGUGGACAGCCCAGGGGAACCUCCUCACCAUCAACUCCACCGACUCCACCAUUGGUCGAAACAGCGGCAUAUUCUGGGCUCUGCUGCAGUUUAGCUUAUUCUCUGGCAAUCUUUACAUAUAUUUUGCCUGGCAUGACAAAGUUCACAUAUUAGACAAGGACCGCAAGACAGUGUUCAUCUCACUCACCGUCAUAAGUCUAGUCGGCAACUUCCUCUUCUUCCUCAUUCAGCGGGUCGAGCCAGAGGUUCUACCCUCAGAGGCCUCUGAGUCACUGCUGCCAGGAGACACUUCUGAGAGCGAUUCAGGGGGGGUAGCGCCACAGAGUCGAGCAACUCGGGCUUUGGAUGCAUUCAAGAAAGCCAUUCAGCUAGCUGUGACCAAAGAAAUGCUGCUGCUGAGCAUCUCCAUCGCAUACACCGGACUGGAACUGACAUUUUACAGCGGGGUAUAUGGGACAUGUAUAGGAGCCAUGACUCGCUUUGGGAAUAAUGCCAAGAGUCUCAUUGGUCUCUCUGGAAUUUUCAUUGGUGUUGGGGAAAUACUUGGUAAGUCAUUGUGCAUCAACAGUGUUCUUGCUUCCAAGGUCCUUAAAACGAGAAAAAAAGGUAGAAUGCACAUCUUUCUUCGACCAGGUGGAUCUUUGUUUGGCAUGCUGAACCAGUGCAGCCGCUUCGGACGAAAUCCAGUAGUACUCUUGGGACUGCUCACCCAUUUUCUGGCUUUCUUCCUGAUCUUCCUUAACAUUGCCCCUGAUGCACCAUUAGCGCCAGAGGAAGGAACCGAGCUGCAGGGAUUCAUCUCUCCCAAUGUGGAUGUGGCAUUGCUGUGCAGUUUUCUGCUGGGCUUGGGUGACAGCUGUUUCAACACUCAGCUGCUCAGCAUCAUCGGCUUCGUGUACCAUGAUGACAGCGCUCCAGCUUUUGCUGUCUUCAAGUUUGUACAGUCCAUCACAGCGGCCGUGGCCUUCUUCUAUAGUAACUAUCUUCUGCUGCACUGGCAGCUGCUCAUUAUGGUGCUUGUGGGCUUCGCUGGCACGCUGUCCUUCUUCAUGGCCGACUGGAUAGUGGUCUGCCACCGUCAGGACUCUGAUUAUGACAGCAUCUGAUGUCUGGAGUUAGCGGAAGUGUAGUAGUGCCAGAAGAUGUUUUUUUUUUUUUUCCCAGCUGCUUCUUGGAACCUGAGCUAGGGGAGUUUCACUGAAUGAAUUGUAUGUUACUGGUUUGUUUUUGCUGGUUCAUCUCUGUUCUGAAGACACUUCCUUAACUUGGCCUUUCAGUCCCGGGGAACACUUAGUUCUUGUAUCCUUUCUGCUUUCUGAGAGGCAUUCGGCUGAACCCGUGUUUUUUUUUGUUUUUUGUUUUUUUUUUAAAUGUAGAAAGCCAUUGCAAAUAGAUUCCUUUUGUUGUUGCUUACACGUCUAGAAAUUUUAUUUUGAUUUCUCUGAGAAGGGUUAUGCAGGUCCCAAAGUUCACCUACAGUAAUGCAAUAAAAGGUUCAGAUUUUAUUCUAGCCUUGAAUCCCAGUAUUUCUAACACCACUAACUGUGUCAGCAGGACAACAUGAAAAUGUGUGGCCUCUAGCAUUUGCUUAUCCAUUUGAAGGGAGAAAAUAUAAUGUAAUUACAUUUUCAUUGUAGAAUCCAGACAUUAGAGAAUCAUUUGACAAUGAAAUUACACUCUAAAAUAGUUACACUCUAUAAAAUAGUUAUAUUCUGUAAACAAUGCAUGAAAUUAUGCACUAUACUGCUGAAGACUGGUUCACUUAAAUGAGUGAUGUGAGCACUGACAAGUGGGCAUUUAACGCCUUUUACAUGUACCAGCCACUGGCAACAGUACAAUUAUACAAUGUAAAUACACUAUAAAUAGCUGACGAGUUACUUUUAGUCUUAGGCUUAAUGUUUGAAAUCUAGAACAGUGAGAGUACUCUUUCUUUAAAAGAAAAAAAUCUUGCCAAAGAAUUGAGUUUCUUCAGCUGUGCUUGCUGAAGUUCAUGGGAAUCCUUGUCUUGGAAAAAACUCUGAAGUGAAUGUUCAAAGACAUGGAAGUGGUGACAUUAGUCAGAGAGAAAUAUAGUGGUCCAGUGGUCUCCCACCCUCCUUCUGGGAAUCUACACUCUUAGUAAAAAUGGUUCUUUAAUAAUAGAGAACCAUAUCUGGUGCUGUGGAAAACCAAUUUUUUUAACAAAGGUUCUUUAAAAAACCAUAUGCAACAGAUUUUUCCAUCAUAAAGAAGAACUAUUUAACCAUGCAAGGACCCAUGUAUGACCUCAGGUGGUUCUGAGUGUUGGUCUUCAUUCCAAAAUGCUGUAUAUCUAUAUCCAUUUGUAACAUGUUGGAUAUUACAAGUUUUUGCAAAGAAUAACAACUGACACAUGGAAAAUACAUUUAUAUAUCACUAAUUAAGGUGGUGUUAAUCAAAAUAUAGCACUGAUAUUUCUUAUAUGGGUAAAGCUCGCACCCAAUACCGUAUAUACUAAAUGAAAAUCCUUGCAAGUGGUCUAUAACGUGUUUUGGAACAAAACUCCUAGUAGAUAAGCACUGUCUUUACUAAAGAACCUUUGAAGUACUUUUUUUAAAGAUCCUUUCUGCAGGUUUCACCACCACCCCAAAUCUAACACCUCAUCCAGCUAAUCAAAAACUUCUGAAGGUAAUCAUUAGAUGGACCCCAUGGAGUUGAAAAGGGCUAGACCUAAAAUCUAUAAAAUCAGAUCUCCAGGAGCAGGAUUGGUGACCACUGUCUUAGACAAUACACCAUCACGUAUAGAAUACUGAGAGGCAGAGCAUGUACCUUCUGCUGGAGCCUGCAUGUUUAUCUAAUAAUCCUACAGUCACAUCUACAUUUGAAGUUUAUGAAGUUUCUACAGUGUUGUCAAUCAACAGACACUCCCUUUUUAUUUUAUGUGUAAAUUUGAAACCACUGAGUGACCUCUAUCACUUUCUCAUUUUUAUUGAACUGAAUUUAGACUAUAUUUGCAUGAGUGUGUGGGAGAUGUAUGUGAACAGGUUUAUGCUGUCACUCUUCUUGUUUCUUGGAAUGAAUGUAAUCAUCAGCUUUAAUUCAGGGCAAUCUAUCUAAAGGAUGUUGAGGGACAUAUGGGUAAACGUAAGCUGUAUUUAUGAAUAUUUGAUUGUGUACUUGAAUUAUAUACUUGGCCUACUGUAAAUGAACUCUGGAUGGAGCCAGGAUUUUCUGCUUGUUUUUUAUACAUAAGAUUAAACUUUAUUUUGAGACAUUA